CUUUGCACCAAUGUUAUGUCUUUUUAACGGGCUGUUAUUGAUCAGUUGUUUUCUUCACAUUGAUCACUUAAUGUUGCAAGUUCUUCCAGGUCAUAGCAAUUCAGUAUAUCAUACUUGGUGAUUUUCUGAUGGAUGACCAAAGUAAACCUCAGCUUGAAGACGGGACCGGGGAGCAACAUCAGUCAGAUACUUUCGAAAUAGAUGAAGUUGAUUUGCCUAACGUGAACGAUGAAGAAAUAUACCUUGAACACUGCCGAAUCAAAUGUAUCAGUAAACUAAGUCGGUUCCCAAAUGUUCGCUCAUUAUGUCUUCGAAACAACUUACUGAAAAAGUUGGAAAACUUCGAGCCUAUCUCUCAAACCCUUGAAGAUCUGGACGUUUAUGAUAAUCAGAUCACUAAGAUUGAAAAUUUAGAGUGCCUCACAAAGCUGACUAAUCUUGAUUUGAGCUUUAAUCGGAUAAGACGUAUCGAAAACUUGGAGAAUCUAAGUAAUCUCCGGAAACUGUAUUUCGUAAACAAUCAUAUCUCAAAAAUAGAGAAUCUGAGCAACUUGCAAGACCUAGAAUUGUUGGAACUUGGUUCAAACAAAAUAGGGAAGUUAGAAAAUUUGGAUGGAUUGAAAAAAUUGACUGAACUUUAUUGUGGUAAAAACAAAAUACCAACAAUGGAAAACUUGGAUAACUUGACUAAUCUAACCAUUCUUAGCAUUCAGGGUAACAGACUCACCAAAAUAGAUGGAUUAACCAGUCUUGUUAAUCUGGAGCAACUAUAUCUGAGCGAGAACGGGAUAACAGAAAUUGAAGGCCUUGAAACAUUAUCAAAGUUACAAAUUUUAGACCUGGCGUACAACUUCAUAUCACAGAUUCAAAACAUGUCGAAUUUGGAAAAUCUAGAAGAAUUUUGGUGCAAUGACAAUAAGAUAUCCGAUUGGGAGCAGCUAGAAAAGUUAAGUGUAUUAAAAAAGCUGCGAACUUUGUAUAUGGAGCGUAAUCCAAUCUAUUUUCUAAGCACAGACCGUACAAAACAUGAUUCUAAUUACCGACGAAAAAUACUAUUAGCUCUACCGAAUCUUCAACAACUGGAUGCAAAUCUUACAGGGGUUGGGAUCUGA